CGGUCUGCGGAUAAAUGCGGUAAACAAAAAUAAUAUGUAAUACCUAUUGUAAAUUGUAAUACAAUUAUUCUUUUCGUUCUUACUUUUUUAUUUUUAUUGUAAUAAAAUUAUAAAAAAACGAUUAACGAAAACGACCUAUUGACAUUGCUGUUCGUGGCGUACCUAUCGCACAGCCAUGCCGAAAUACUAUUGUGAUUAUUGCGACACGUACCUGACGCACGAUUCGCCGUCUGUGAGGAAGACCCACUGCCAGGGCCGCAAGCACAAGGAUAACGUCAAGUUCUAUUAUCAAAAAUGGAUGGAGGAACAGGCACAGAACCUGAUCGACGCCACGACAGCUGCGUACAAAGCUGGUAAGAUCGGUAUGAAGGGAGUGUGCAUACCGCCACCGAACAUGGGCCAAGCCGCUCCACAAAUGCCCAUGCCACCCGGUUCGAUCAUGCCGCCCGGACAGAUGCCCAUGGGCGCACCGCCAAUGAUGUCCAUGCCGCCGAUGAUGCGACCACCCAUGGGACAGAUGCCGAUGGGAGCGCCGCCGCCAAUGAUGCCCCCGAUGCCACCAAAUAUGAGACCGCCAAUGAUGACCAAUCCACCUCCUAAUGUCCAAGCUCAACAAUAGAAUAAGUACACAAACUUGUUGGUUCGCAUUAACAAGACAGUCAUUAAAUAUUAUAUAAUGUGUAUUCUCAACACUACCUACAUAAUGAAAUAUUAAUAGUAUUCAAUAUUAAUUAAUUGGUAACUAAGAUAUGUACUAAUAAUAUUUAAUUUAUAUAAUAUUAGUAUAGAUUAUGGAUUAUAAAUAUACAUCUUCAACUUGGAUGGUUUUGGUUUAA